GUAGCGCCUUAUGCUUCGUUUUCGGUUUUACUUCUACUAUUCCUUUUUUUUGUUCUUUUUCUUUUCCCCUCUGAUUCCCUUUUGUUCUACUUCUAUUCUUUUUUUCCCCUUUCCUUUUGGUUCCCUUUCGUUUUCUGCUGCAGUUUGCUUCCACAAUGAGCAAGAGGAAGGAUCAAUAUUGAUUUUUAGAAAGUUAAAAUGAUAUUUGAUCGGUUUAUUCGGUUUUUGCCCUAAAAUUCGGUCUUUCGAUUAUCACGAACCCAUCCGCCGCCAGUCUGCCCGACUCCGUGCGCCGGCGACCUUCCCUCUUGCUGCAACCCCCGAACAAGAGAUCACGCUGCUCCCGCUUCAGAGGGCCUAUCUAGAUGAACUUUCUGAGGGAGGAGAUAAAUUGUUCGAUCUAACCAUGCAAGCAGGAGCAAUGAGUGAACACGAGAAAAAGAAAUAUAAGAAGAAAAAGCAACCGGAAGAUAACGGGAUGAUGGAUGGCACGAGCAGCAGUAUUUUGGAAGAGCGUUCAGGCUCCUCCUUGGUGGAAAAUCAAGUAGCAUUGAAGAAGCAUAAGAAGAAGAAAACUAAGAAUCUCAUGAGUGAGGGAGGUCGAGGGGUUUCUAAUGGUAAAUUUGAGACAGAUGGGGAAAUGGAUGUGGAAGAGGCAGAAAUAGAACAACAUGGUAGUCAAGAUGGCAAGAAGAAGAGAAGGAAAGCUAGAGAUGGUGAUGGUGGAGGCAGUGAGGCAUCAAAAGGAGAGGAAUAUAGGAAGAGGAAGCAGGGAGAUGAUGGUUUAGUGAUCCUGACGGUUGAUACCAAUAUGAAAAAGAGAAGGAAAGAUAGAGAUGGUGAUAGAGGAGGCAGUGAGGCACCAAAGGCAGAGGAAAAUUGGAAGAGGAAGCAGAGAGAUGGUGAUUUAGUCAACUUGACUGUUGAUACCAAUAUUAAAAAGAGAAAGAAGGAUAAUGUAUUGCAAGUCAGUGCCCUUUCUACAGGGCCUACUGCUGGUGAAGUUUCUGGGGAUAAAAACAGAGAAGGUGGCAAGGUUGCUGCUGCUGAUAGCAAUAUUGUUUGUGACAGUGGUAGAGACAAGAUGGAAAAUGUCAAGGUAAGAAGGAAAAAGAAUGACAAGAAACUUGAGAAUCCUCUCAUGCUUGAAAUCCGUGAUGCUGAAAGAGCAAUGGCCGCAGAAAAUGAAGUCUCAACAAACCAUGAUAAGCUUCAUAUUUCAGUGGAUAAAGCAAAAAUGAAAGUGAAAAAGGCACAUGAUACCUGUGAAUUUAAAGUGGAUUCGCAUGAGACAUGUACAAAUGGAAACCAAUCAUUGGGCAUGGAAGUUUGGAAGGAAGCACAAGAAAUCAGUGAAAUGCCAUCUGCAACAACAAUACUUAACAGGAAGAGAAAGAAGAGCAAGAAGGAUGAAAAUUCAGAGAAUCAAGAAGCAGAAAAAGAUUCCGAAAACAUACUGAAGGACAAGGACAAGCAAAGAAAACCCAUUCAAGCUGCAGAAGUUGAAGGAAAUAAGGAGACAUCAAGUGUGAGGAAGGAGAAGGCAACAGACGACUCAGAGGUCUGUAGCUCAAAGAACAAGAAGUGCUUUAAAAAUGGUUCAGAUGUAUCUUCCCUAAAGAAAAAGAAAGUAAGUUUUUCAAGUGAAGUUGAGGUGUUUCCCUAUGGGAUUGGUUCUCACAAUGAAGAAAAUGAAGAAAAUGCUGAAAUGCCUAUAAUCCAAGGCAAACGCUUCACUAAAGAAGAAGACCAGAAGAUACUCGAAGCAAUAGAUGACUACAUUAAGGCACAUCAGUUAGGGGCGGAGGGUAUGCAUAUGAUUCUCCACUGUCGAGACUAUCCAGAAGUCAAAAAUUGUUGGAGGGUAAUUGAAGGUUGUUUGCCAAAUCGACGUGGUAUGGCUAUAUAUUAUCGAGCACAUGUUCUACUUGAAAGGGGUAAGAGCAAGUGGGAACCAGAAGACUAUGAAGCGCUUUUGAGUUUGUACUCAAAAUAUGGGCCAAAAUGGAAAAAAAUUGCACACGAACUUGGGAGACAUCGGGUACAUGUUAAAGAUACUUGGCGAAGUAUCAGAUCACCACACUAUAGAAAAGGAACCUGGUCACAGGAAGAAUAUCAGACUCUAUUUGAUCUAGUAAACAUGGAUUUACGAUUGAAAGUUUUUGAAGAGAAAAGUGCUAAGAAUUACAUGCUUAGAGACAAUAUAUCUUGGGGUGUAAUCAGUCAGAAGUUGGUUACACGAUUUCCUGGUUCUUGCUGUCUGAAGUGGUAUCAACAAUUAGUAUCUCCUUUGGUCAAGAGAGAAAUAUGGAAUGACAGGGAUGACUACCUUUUGGUGGAUGCGCUAAGGAAUUUAGAUGCUUGCUGUUACGAGGAUGUUGACUGGGACAAUCUUCUUGAGCACAGACCUGGGGCUGUUUGCCAGAGGCGAUGGACUGAAAUGGUACGAUUUAUUGGCAUGAACAAGGUGAGGCCUUUUAUUGAACAGGUGGAAGUGCUCUCCAAACGCUAUUGCUCUGAGAUGAUUGAAUAUCGACAGUGAGUGUUCCUUCUGGGGCAUGGUGUGUUUAAAGAACUGGUUUAACUGUGCUUCCGAAUGGUUGACACGAAACCCUCAAUUGAGGUCUUGUUUUUUUAUUUGUAUGGAUGCAAAAUAGGAACAAAAGUUUUGGAACUUGAAAAGACAAAUUAUAACCAUGACAAAGAUGUUAACGAGAGGACUGACCUAUGCCUAGUUGGUUAAAAAUGCUUUUGAAUAGUUGCUUAUUUAUUUAA